CGCUUGCUGCUAUAGGGAAAAAGAAAAUUUCUUUGUUGAUACAGAACGGCGCACAGUGUUCGUUACGAAAGGGUUUGAAUUUAGAAUCACAGAAACAAAAGUGAUUAUUUUUCGCCAUCGAAUCAACCCAUAUUGCCAGCCAACAGGUGCUGGCUACAUCAGGUAAGCUCAGUUUCUACCCCUGGAACGAACACUAUCAAAGGUUUUGACUACCACCUAGGGGAUAAGUUUACCUAGUCGACGCUUAAGAACGGCAUCAGACGCCUCUGAAAAUCAGUGCGCACUUACCAUCCAAAGGAAGCUUACUUGUUUUAUUGAGUUUUACAACUGAAAAGCUUCCAGAAAUCCAGCGUAGCAGCAGCCAUGGCCGAUCAGGAUAAUGGUCAGUACGGUAACGGAAACGGACACGAUGCUGGUGGUGCCGGAGGUGGCCGCGAUGACGACCGGAAGCUGUUCGUUGGUGGACUUGGAUGGGACGCAACGGAGCAGGAUGUGCGAGAUUACUUUUCAAAAUUCGGUGAAAUAGAAAGCGUGCAGGUUAAGACCGAUUCCAACACGGGCAGAUCUCGCGGUUUUGCAUUCGUUGUGUACAAGAGUGUGGACUCUCUGAACCAGGUUGCCUCUGCCGGCGAACACAACAUCAAGGGUAAGACUGUCGACGCCAAGAAGGCCAAGUCCCGCCAGGGCAAAAUUUUCGUCGGUGGCCUCUCUGCCGAAAUCAGUGAUGACGACAUCCGGGAGUUCUUCGGACAGUUCGGAACCAUUGCGAAUUUGGAGCUUCCGUUCGAUAAGCAGAGGAACCAGCGAAAAAAUUUCUGCUUCGUCACAUACGACUCGGAACAGGUCGUACGGGAUUUGCUGAUGACGCCUAAGCAAACUAUCUGCGGUAAAGAAGUAGAUGUGAAAAAAGCAACACCCAAGCCGGAUAAUCAAGGUGGUGGUGGUGGAUUCGGUGGCGGCGGCGGCUUUGGUGGUGGUUUCGGCGGUGGAUUUGGAAACCGACAGGGUGGUGGCGGCGGCGGCGGUGGCUUCCGGCAAAAGAGUGGUGGAUUUGGAGGCGGAAAUAGCUGGGGAGGUAAUCAGGGAGGAUUUGGAGGCGGUGGUUUCGGAGGUGGCGGUGGUGGUGGUGGCUUCGGCUACGGUGGUCAGGGAGGUUUCGGAUACGGUGGGGGUGGCGGCGGUGGCGGUGGGUUUCAGGGUAAACAACGAGGAGGACCCCGCCAACCCAGACAAAACCCGUACUAAGUAAGCUGAAACUGAAGUAUUUUCUAAUUGUGUGCACUUUAAAAUACGACAAAAACUCAAGUAAAUAAAAUUAACUAAAACCUAA